CAUCGGGACAAGGGUGGAGGUGUGUAUCCCCGAGGCUGUCAGGUUUUCCUAAGAAUGAACAACCUCUCGCCACAAAAUCCCUCUCUCUGUUUGCCCCAGAGAAGAAAUAUUUGAAAUCUUUACUCUCCAAGGCACCUUCUUCUCUCUUUCUCUCUUUUUUUUUGGGUGUGUGUGAAAGCAAGCCAAAUUCCAUUUCCACCCAGUGACAUCUGAAAGCAAAUCUAAAAAGGCAAAACUGUUAGCGAAAGUUGGAGAAGAGAAGCUUGCAUCUACAAUCAUCCCCAGUUUAUUCACUAUUUUUUCCCCCGUAUUCAUUAUUCCUCUUCCUUUUUUCCCCCCUUUUCUUUCUGGAAUGGAUUUAUCUGACACAGAAGAACUCCACGUUUUGAAACCUUAAUUCUUAGACCUCAGGGAAGAGUUGGAUUUCGUUUCCUUUUUUUUUUUUCCCCUUCCCACAAAAAACCAAUCGACAGAAUGGUCUUGUUGUAUGGAUGAUUAGAAGACACCCUUUUGAAAGAAAAAAAAGACCAGAUGAUGAUGGAAAACUGGAAGUUUUAUUAUUAUUGAUAUUAUGAAUACCGUGACCUGAGAUUUCGUCCCAGCGUCGUUUUUUUCUGGUUUGCAACAGGAUCAUGGCAAAUUGUCUGGUGAAGCUUUGCUAUCUCUUUUUGUGGAUUUUAUUUCAGGUUUACAGGACUCGUACUUGGCCACAAAAAAACCCUGGUUUCCGUGUUCUCGCUCAAGCAUCGCAUUAUUGGCCUCUGGAGACUGUAGAAGGAAUUCGCGAAUUAAAGGACACAGACGGAGUGCUAAGAUCCCACAGCUUCACUGUGCUUCACUACCAUAAUUCUACUUUUGUUUAUACCAAUGAUUCUGCCUACUCUAACUUCUCUGCGACCGUAGAUAUCGUAGAAGGGAUUGUAAACAAAGGUGUCUAUAUCCCAAACAUCAAGGGAGCAACCUUUCUCCUUUUUGGAAAUUAUCAAAAUUCUUGCGUUAUUAACCAAGAAUUCUGUGAGCCUGAAGGCGUGACUUUUUCCUUUUUCUGGAAGACUCAAGGGUAUCAGCUGAAGCCUGUCCCGGCCUAUGGGGAUCAGGUGCUUUCUAAUAGAUUUAAAGUCUUCUUCGGUGAACACAAAGGCUCCGUGGAACUCUUCAAUCACCACACGUCCAAGAAGUGGGCAGCAAGCUUCAUUUCACCAGGUCCCCAUUGGACUCACGUCCUGUUUACCUGGAAAUCCAAAGAAGGCCUGAAAGUCUACAUCAAUGGGACUUUGAACAACGCUGAUCCCCUUGGGGAAGAUUUCUACAACUAUGGGGACUCCAAUUCCAACUUGCUGAUGAGCUCUGAAGGCCGUCAAAGGAAGCGCCACCUCCAUGGCUCCUUUGAUGAAUUCAUCAUCUGGGAAAGAGUGCUCACCGCCAACGAGAUCAAACAGUAUUUCACAGCUGCUAUCGGUGACCAGUCUCUGCUUUCUUCAACAUCUCCCUGGGGAUGGCAAACAACGCCCACACUUCCCGUGCUUUCCAUAAAUGCCUACCAAUCCAUCAUCAUUAAUCUCACAGAGGAAAAACGUAGUGUCCAGGACCCACAUGUCAUGUUGGACUACCUGAAAAACAUUUCAAACAACUUGCCUAAUGAAUCUCUCACGGCAAAUACUGCCUACAAUCUUACUGAGGUUUUCUUUAAAGUGGUGGAAGGAGUUCUUAAGAUACCUGUUUGGAUCAGCAUGAACCACACAGCGUCCCUUGCCGGAGGUCUGGUGUCCACCAUUGACAGUGUGACAUUGCACGUUGCACACAAUCUGGGAGGAAGUCCUUCAACCAUAACAAUCCAAGGCACUUCACCCGUGGCAGAUUAUUCCCUGGUUAAAAUGCCUCCGCAGCUCCCGGAUGUGCCUCAAUAUCGCUUCCCAUUACAAGGACAAAGUUACAUUACUCUACCUGGAGAAGCCUUCCAAUAUUCAGCCUGGAUUACAAUCGUGGGUCUGUUCUACCAUUCCAUACAUCAGUACUUCCAUAGCAUCAAACCGUUGGACACCAAAAUUCCUGAAGCUGCUGCCUGCAAGGAGUGCAUGAUUUUUGCCACCAGCUACCUUAUCUCCUUGACAAUGGAGCCGCCACCAACUUUGUCUCACAAUCUGUCAAGCUCUCCCCUCAUCACCAUCCAUAUGAAGCAUCAACUGACACCCCUCCAGUACAGCCAAGCCACAAACCAAAGUAAUCAAGUGAGACUGUAUUGUGCCUUUCUGGAUUACAGCAACGGAAGCGGUGUUUGGUCCAACCAAGGCUGUGUGCGUGACGGGGGCGACCUCAAUUAUUCCACUUGUCUGUGCAACCAUCUCACCAACUUUGCUAUUUUGAUGCAAGUGGUGCCACUAAAGCGUUAUCACAUCCACGCCAAUCUUUCCUUUGCUGUCUUGGUGGCUCAGAUCUUGCUCCUUAUCAGCUUCCAGUUUGACCCUGGGACGGUGCCUUGCAAAACCCUGGCCAUUCUCCUUCACUUCUUCUUCUUGAGCACCUUUGCUUGGAUGCUGGUGGAAGGGAUCCACCUCUACAGUAUGGUGAUCAAAGUCUUUGGAUCGGAACAGAUCAAGCUCUUAUACUACUAUGGCAUUGGAUGGGGCUGCCCGUUCUUCAUCUGUGUCAUUUCUGCAACAACAUCUGUGGAAAGCUAUGGAGAAGUCAACAACUGUUGGCUUUCAUUGGAGAGCGGCGCCAUCUGGGCUUUUGUGGCCCCAGCUCUGUUCAUCAUUGUGGUUAAUAUUUGCAUCCUUAUUGCCGUGACCAGAGUAAUUUCAAGAAUAAGUGCUGAAAAUUACAAGGUCCAUGGAGAGGCUAAUGCGUUCAA